GCAUUUACUCUCCUUACCUGAGCCACACCUGACACUAAUUCCCAGCUUGUUUAUUGUGACAUUAUUACAGAACUGAGACAGCUGAGCACACUAUCAGACAGCCACAGCCGGCGAGGGGAACAGAGAUACACUUUAACCUGAAUUUUAUCUAAACAAAUCUUCCUCAGGUGUUCUCUUCUGUGGGGAAAUUAAUUUGGAUUCCUCGUUGGAGUUCUUGGUAGAUGUCAAGAUGUUCCAGAGUGGAGAUACCUUGAGAUUAGUCAACGUGAAGGAGAACAGCUGGUAUUAUUAUAGCACAGUGAACAGGAAAAGCUUCCAGAGACGUUUCAUGCAGAAAGAUGGAAGCUGCAAUGUGUAUUUCAGAAACAUACUAAGCGAAUGGGAAAGUUAUGUAACGGACAUCUUCACCACCUUGGUGGAUAUGAAGUGGCGAAGUAUGUUUAUCAUAUUCUCCUUAUCGUAUGUUCUGUCAUGGCUGCUUUUUGGAUUUAUAUUUUGGAUCAUUGCUCUUCAGCACGGAGAUUUAAGUAACCCUGACAUCACACCGUGUGUCGAUAAUGUGCGCACAUUUGCAGGAGCAUUCCUUUUCUCUCUGGAGACCCAGACAACUAUUGGGUACGGUAACCGUUGUGUGACAGAGGAAUGCUAUUUAGCAAUUAUUCUGGUGAAUCUCCAAUCAGUCCUAAGCUGCAUUAUCGAUACGUUCAUUAUUGGAGCAGCAAUGGCAAAAAUGGCAACUGCCCGAAAAAGAGCUCAGACCAUCAGGUUCAGCUACUUUGCUGUUGUUGGCGUGAGGGAUGGUAAAUUGUGCCUUAUGUGGCGCAUUGGUGACUUUCGGCCUAACCAUGUAGUAGAAGGAAAUGUAAGGGCACAGCUCUUACGUUAUAAUGAAGAUCAUGACAAAGGCAUCACCAUGGAUUACAAGGACCUCACGUUGGUCAAUGACCAAAUAAUACUUGUCACCCCAGUCACUGUUGUUCAUGUCAUUGACCAAGAUAGUCCUUUGUAUGCUCUAGAUCGCAAAGCUCUGGCAGCAGACAGAUUUGAGAUUUUGGUCACAUUUAUUUACACCGGUGACUCCACUGGAACAUCCCAUCAGUCGCGAACAUCCUAUUUGCCACAUGAAAUCCUCUGGGGUUUCAGAUUUAACAAUAUCUUGCUGACCAAGAAAAAGCGCUAUAAAGUUGAUUAUGAGCAGUUUGAGGAAAUGACAGAGUACUAUGCACCUUUUUGCAGUGCAAAGCAACUGGACAUCAAUGCUCAGCCAGGUAGCGCCGCUAUAAGUCCAAGACCAAAAUUCAUAUUUGAGGUUGCAUCUGUAAACUCCAUGUCCAAUGACUUGCCCAAUGUUGCAUCUACAAGCUCAAUGCCUAAUGUAUUAUCCAACGACCCUUUUUCCAGCUCAGUGCAUGAUGGAUUCAAGAGCGUUGCAUCUACAAACUCAAUGCCAAAUGGUUUCACCAACAUUGAAUCUCUGACCUCUGUGCCAAUGCAUGAAUCCAGUGAAGUAUCUUUAGGUUUAACACCCAAUGGACUCACUCAAGUUGAAUCUACAAGCUCCAUGCCCAUCGAAUUAGCCAACAUAUCACCGAGUAUCACCACUGUCUCAUCAAUCGCUACGGUAGGCAGCAGCAAUGAAGAUCGUGAGGAAUGCUCAGUCCUAUUCUUCAAAGACAGUGAAGACAAUCCUUACAGAAAGGUUAUAGUGACUCUGAGCAAAAUGUCAUUAGAGUCGUAGAAUUAAAGUAAUGUAGACAAUGCCUUUAGGGUUUACUUCUACACGGACCACGAGUAUAGUAUUAGUGCGAAAAUAAAAUGUUUAACCAGGACAUAUUUAAAGCCACUUUUAUUAUUUUCCCAUUAAAUCUGGUUUUGAAGAUGUUGAUCCCAUCCACUUGCUUGACAAUGCCCAUAGAACAAACACUAUAGAUUUAAAUGCUCAAUGGGAGUGGGGCUGAAACAAUGACAAGUGCUACGUCUGCAAUUGUUUUAAAUGUUGCUUGCUUUGUUUUGCAUUCACCAUCACUGGACACGGUUUAUUCUUUUUUCCCAGCAAAAUGGACACACAUUAGAAAAAGCAGAAACAAGAUUUAU